AUGGCCCAGAUGAAACAUCACUCAAACCUGGGCCAGGAAGAGAAGACAUGGACUAUGGAGCACGGGCUCAAGAGACUCUUUAGUAAUUGCGAACAGGCCCUAACAUCAGCUUUGGGAAUUUCACGAUGGACUUUAUAUGGAUGGAGUUCAGAAUCUAGGAAAUUAUACAGGGUGAGGCAUUGUUGUCAAAAUCGUGAUGUGGAUCGUAAAAUCGGGCAAGAGACUAGGUGGAAGGGGCAAAAAGCAAAGGCUAUAAAGGGAUAUAAGCUGUGGUAUGCAGGACUGGACGACAGACAUAACGGGGUUGGCAUCCUAAUAUCUAACGAUAUUCUAAAGCAAUUGGUUGAAGUAAAGUGCGAGUUCUGGAAUAACUUAGGAGAGCUCAUGAGAACUAUUUCGGAAGUUGAGAAAGUUUUCUUCGAAGGGGACUUUAAUGGACAAAUAGACAGAGAUGCAGGCAACUACAACUCGGUAAAUGAAGCAAAAGAAUUGGUUAUAGCAAACUCCAUAUUUAGGAAGAAAGAGGAGCAUUUGAUCACAUAUAAGAGCGGCACGCAAGCAACCCAAGUUGAUUAUUUCUUAGUGCGUAAGGGAAAUCGACCCUCACGCUUGGAUUGUAAGGUGGUGUUGGCUACAGAGAUGUCCACCCAACACAGGCUUUUAGUACUGGUAUUCAGGAUGAGGAAGAAAAUCAUAGAGAAGAAGGUCGAGUCCGGGGGAAAGAUCAUGCAGGGGAGACUCAAAGGAGAUAUGGUCACAGCCCUGUCAAGCAAGAUAAGUUUAUUUGGGAGACGAUACUGUAGUGCAUGCUAUUCGCUGAUGACAUAA